CGUCAUGGCUGCCUCGGGGAAGCUCGGCACUUUCCGUCUGCCGCCGUUGCCCACCAUUCGGGAAAUCAUUAAGCUGUACCAACUGCGAGCGGCGAAGCAGCUCUCCCAGAACUUCCUCCUGGACUUGAGGCUGACAGGUGGACGGAUGUGCUGUCAGGGUGUCUCCGGGGCGUGGGCGGGUGCUCGGGUUCCCAAGGCCGGCCUGGCAGCCUGGGUCGCUGCGUUGUGAAGAGGGACCGCCCCGGGCUGGCAGGGGUCACGUGAGCCAGCAGCAUCCUUACCAUCAUCAUCAUCAUCAUCACCUUGUUUCCAGGGUGCAUCCCCCUUCGCUAGUCUCACACAUAACUCUUAUCUCGGGAUUGCAGCAGGAGGAUUGCCUCCAGCUUGGGGUCAGCUUGAGCUCCAGAGCAGCCUGACAGGACAAAAUUGUAAGGAAAGCAGGCAAUCUAACAGAUGUCUAUGUUUAUGAAGUGGGUCCCGGGCCCGGGGGAAUCACAAGAUCCAUUCUCAAUGCCGAUAUUGCCGAGCUUCUUGUGGUUGAAAAGGACACUCGAUUUAUUCCUGGAUUGCAGAUGCUCUCUGACGCAGCGCCUGGAAAGCUGAGGAUCGUUCAUGGAGACGUGCUGACGUUCAAGAUAGAAAAGGCUUUUCCAGAACACCUGAAAAGAAAAUGGGAAGAUGAUCCUCCAAAUGUACAUAUUAUUGGAAAUCUGCCUUUUAGUGUUUCAACUCCACUGAUCAUCAAAUGGCUUGAAAAAAUGUCUCUUCAAGACGGACCUUUUGCAUAUGGCAGAACUCCGAUGACUUUAACUUUUCAAAAGGAAGUGGCUGAGAGACUUGUAGCCACUACAGGAAGCAAACAGCGCAGUCGCCUGUCCAUCAUGGCUCAGUACCUCUGCAACGUGGAACACCUCUUUACGAUUCCAGGAAAAGCUUUUGUCCCCAAGCCAGAGGUGGAUGUCGGAGUGGUGCACUUCACGCCCUUGAUACAGCCCAGAAUAGAGCAGCCGUUCAAGCUGGUGGAAAAGGUCGUUCAGAACGUGUUUCAGUUCCGGAGGAAAUACUGCCAUCGGGGGCUUGGAAUGUUGUUCCCUGAAGCCCGGCGCCUGGAAAGCACUGGAAAGCUGUUACAGUUGGCAGACAUAGACCCUACCUUGCGGCCCACCCACCUUUCCCUCACACAUUUUAAGAGCCUCUGUGACGUGUACAGAAAAAUGUGUGAUGAAGACCCACAGCUGCUGACGUACAAUUUCAGAGAAGAGCUCAAGCAAAAGAAACACAAAAGCAGAAGCCAAGAGGACAGGGGCAGCGCAAGCCCUCGCCAGGCUGGGCGCCGCGGCCUGGAGGGCUGACCCGCGGUGUAGAAGGUCGCCCAUAGGUUCUUGUCUUUGCAGUGACCGUAAAAUACCAGAUGCCUUAGGUUCCUUUUACUGUACAGCUUGGUAGAGAAAAUAAAUAUCAAAUAAGAUACA